AUGUUCUGGAUGAAGGCAGAGUUGUUGUGCGCUAUUUGGGAUAUCAUCAAAAUUCAACAGAUAGCAGUGGAAGAGAAGGGCGUUCUUCAUCGUGAUUGUAGUCUCAACAACUCAAUGAUCAAAGAUGAUGGUAACAGAUCCCAUGGAACCUUGGUUGAUUGGGAGUUUGCCAUAUUUAUCGCCCAAGGUCAAAAAUAUGUUAGAGGUGGGAUGGGCACAAUGCCUUUCAUGUCACAGUUGUUCCUGUUCCAGCUCUCUGAGGCUGUUAGUAGCAUUGCAACACCUGAAUGCAGCUUGAAGUGUGCCUUGAAUUCCCAUGUGGUUCCAGCUUGCCUCAUCAUACACCGCUUUGAAGAUGAUCUCGAGUCAGUCUUCUACAUCUUCAUAUGGAUCUGUAUCAGAUACAGGGGUCCCCUUGGUGUCAAGUGUGUCCUUGAUAAAAGGUAUGACUGGCUGGUGCACAAAUGGUCUGCUGUCACAUUCAAGGCCUGCAAUGAUGAGAAGACUACAUUCUUCUACCAUUCACGUGCACACAAAUUCGAGGAGCAAUUCCACCCCUAUUUCAAAAACCUUGUCCCGCUUGCAGUGAAAUGGUAUGAAUUGAUAAGGAAUAAAGGACCAUUGAACACAGUCACUUUCCAGGAGGUCCUUCAUUUAUUAGACAAGCACAUUGCUGAACUUCUGAAGGAGCUUUCCCCCAAGCUUCUGUUCACACGUAAAAUCCUCAAAGGACUCCCACUGCCUGACAUUCCUGUUCCUGCUGUGGAUCCUGGAGUCAGUGCUGAAACAACAAAGUGA